CAGUGAUGUCAACAUUGACAUUCCUACAACUUAUUUUUGUUUAUGACAACAGUUUUCGUGACUUGAUUCUAAUGUAGGAAGUUGUUUUAUUUAAAGUGAAUACAAGUGUUUGUGGACUAUUUUUCACUAAUGUUUUGAGAUGACAGAGUUAUUAGUGGGUCGUGGUGACACGUUUCCUAGGAAUUUUAUGGACACAUUUCGAUAUAGUAGAAGUGAACCACUUUAUAAUGAGUUAAAGGCCAGUAAAAGUGACGAGUUCAUCUUGCAAAAUCCUUCUGAUAUCCCAAUUUCUUGUGAAAUACAUCAUGGUAGAUCGGAAAACGUAUUAGAUGCUCCUGAUGAAGAGGAAUUGAAUACCUGUCUUCAGAAUUCCGAAGUUAUUCGGCCAAAUACUUGCAGAAAAAGUAAAAGGGUUUCAGUUUAUGAUAAAGUUGAUCCAGAGGAUAGUAUUAGAGAUAUUGUCUCAGAAAAUGAUUUCUACAAGUUUGUUUUAUUCAAGAAGCACUAUGAUAAGUAUUUAUUCCUUUCACAAAAAUAUGAAGAAGCAAAGAAUGUUGCUUAUUAUCUAGAAGAAAAGUAUCAUGAGCUCAAGAUGGAGAGAGAUAACCUUUUGUCUAAGAAAGAAGAGCUGAGGCAAAGACUUGAAUCAUGUGAAAGUUUAGUUCGUGAUAAAGAAGAUGAAGUAUUUGUUCAGUUUGAGAGAGUAUUAUAUUUAGAAGAACAAUGUGAAAAGCUUUUACUUCAAUCAAAAGAGUCUGAUAAAAUAAUAAAAAAACUAGAGGCAGCAAGACAUGAAUUAGUUAAGCAUAUGACAACAUUGAGGGAUGAAAAAGAAUGCUUAGAAAAAGAAAAUGACCAUUUAAAAGAAACCUUAGAGGCUGAAAGACAGGGAAUCAAACGUUAUAUACAUAAUUUGAAAAAGAAGAAAAGCGAAGCAGAGCUUGCACAAAGACAGACUGAGUUAGAAAGGAAUGCCAAUUUAACAUCACAAUUUCAAAAAGCCGUUCAACACUUGGCUACUUGCAAGAGAAAAAAAUGCUCCGUUUGCUCUUAUACAAAGUCUGUAUAUGCCAAAUCUUCAAGUAACAGACAGAAAGACAAGAAAUUAUUGGGUUGUCUUCAGGCUCCAUUUCUCGAGAUGCGGAAUAUAAUAAAGCCGCCACCAUCUCCAAUCCACGGUGAAGGUGCUAGCCUGUCCGAGUGGUUUUGUCCCUUGUACAACCAACAUGAGGAUGAUGAAGACAGCAGUAGUGAAUGUUGUUCUUUGAGCAUUCCCUUCGGAGAGAUGGGUAUAUCUUACAUAGAUGAUUCCUCUGAUACCAUAUCUUCUACAUUCGAUCAUGAUCAUGACAAGCCAGAUGGUUCUAGUCAUAUGGGUGCAGCUUCUAGUAGCAUGAGAGGAUGUGAGAGCGAUUCGGGCUUUUCAUCUGAUAUAUGUACCAACUACACCAUGACAGCUUCAACACCAAGAGAGAAGUUUUCGCCCUACACACCUCCGGCAACUUUGGACGAAGUUGAAUGUGCCAAGUUGACUCGGACCAAAUGGACUGCUUCCUUCAGGAAACUCAUCAGGAAGAUAAGAAAAUAGAACUUCUCAAUAGCCGUAUCUUCUUAACCAUUUAAAUUAAUUGAAGUUAAAACUAUAGAUCGCUGUCGAAUAUAAUUGUUCCAUUGUCUGUUAUCUAAAUUUCUAGACCGAUACUCGUAUUUAUUUGAAUUUUAUACUUCUGAUUUCACAUGGUAAACAUGUAUGCCAAAGGACAGUUUUGAUUCCAUGAAGGUUGUUUCAUCUAUUAGAUAUUAAUAUAUUUCUUUAAUAUGAUAUAAUCAUAACAUCUCUUUUUUUGUGUCCUUUGCUUUUCAUCAUCAUCAUUUAUUUAAAUACUCCAAUACAAAUUACCCUGUUAGGGUGUAGUGCUAGUCAAUAUAAAAAAUGUAAAAUAGAAACAAAGGGUACAAACAUAAACAAUCACA